GAGGAAAGCCUCAGUAAUUGUUCUAGGGGAAAUGGAUGCUGGAAGGAGGAUACCGGAGGGAGGGAGACCCUAAGUUUGGGGAGGGCUCCAACCCGGCGCGCCUGGGUGGCCCAGGAGGGCAAGGCAGGGCUGCCGGGGUCCUGAUGAGAACUGGAGAGGAGGUUCCCAAAUCCCUGCCUGGCCAAGGGGACGCACCCACCUCCCACGUACCCUCACCUAAGCAGCGCGGGGAUUUCUUCCCCACCUCCUGCUGGCCUGCCGAAGAAAGCGAAAGUGAAAGGGAGGAAGAGAAGGCUUCUGGGCGGAGGAGAUCGCAGCGCCAUGAAGCUUGUGUCUCUGCUCCUCGCUGUAGCUUUGGACCUGGCAGCCGCCGUCUCAGCAGGACCCACAGUGAUCGAGUGCUGGUUCGUGGAGGAUGCCAGCGGAAGCCACCUGGCUAAAAGACCUGGUGCACUGCUGCUGCGCCAGGGACCCGGAGGACCGCCCCCCCGCAUGGACCUCGACCCUAAGCUCUACCUCAGCGUUCACGACCCUGCAGGAGCCCUCCAGGAUGCCCUCAGGAGGUACCCCCAGGACGCCCCUGCACCACACUGCGAGAUGAGCCGCUACGUCCCGCUCCCCGCCUCUGCGAAUUGGGCCAGUGGCCUGACCCCGGAGCAGAGCUGCCCGAGGGCCCUGGACGGAGCUUGGCUGAUGGUCAGUAUGUCCAGCUCUGUUCUCAGCCUCUCCAGCCUCUUGCAACCACAGCCAGAGCCUCAGCAGGAGCCUGUUCUCAUCACCAAGGCAACAGUGGUGCUGACUGUCCUCACUCACACCCCUGCUCCUCAAGUAAAACUGGGACAAGAUGCUAUCCUGGACCUGAGCUUCAGCUACAUGCCCCCCAGCCCUCGGGCUGCCUCAUCUCUGGCUCCAGGUCCUCCUCCCUUUGGGCUGGAGUGGCGACGCCAACACCUGGGUAAGGGGCAUCUGCUCCUGGCUGCAACUCCUGGACUGGAUGGGCAGAUGCCAGCAGCCCAAGAGGGGGCAGUGACAUUUGCUGCUUGGGAUGAUGACGACCCAUGGGGCCCAUGGACUGGGAAUGGGACCUUCUGGCUCCCUGCAGUGCGGCCCUUUCAGGAGGGCACCUAUCUGGCCAUUGUACACCUGCCAUACCUGCAAGGACAGGUCACCCUGGAGCUUGCUGUGUACAAGCCUCCCAGAGUGUCCAUGACACCAGCACCUCUUGUAUGGGCUGCCCCCGGGGAGGCUCCUCCGGAGUUGGUCUGCCAUGUGUCCCAUUUCUACCCUUCUGAGGGCCUGGAGGUAGAGUGGGAGCUCCGGGGUGGCACAAAGGGCGGCUCUCAGAAGAUUGGGGGACAGAGGUGGCUCUCUGCCUUGCACCACCAUUCUGACGGCUCUGUUAGUCUCUCCGGGUACUUGCGGCCACCCCCAGUCACUGCUGAGCAGCAUGGGGCGCACUACACCUGUCGAGUCCACCACUCCAGCCUUCCUGCCUCAGGGCGAAGAGCUGAGGUCACCCUGGAGGUGGCAGGCUUCUCCGGACCCUCCCUCGAGGACGGAGUAGGCCUUUUCUUGUCCUCCUUUCUUCUGCUUGGACUCAUCAAGGGGCUAGCCUGGGUUGCUGCCUACCUGUCCUGCAAGGAUUCAAAGGAGAAGAAAACACAGUGAGGGUACUCAGCACCAUCCUACAGAAGUCACCAUCAUCUCUGCCUACAGCUGUAAUAGUUCCCCAAACUAGCACCUCAUCAUCUGCUCCUACUCCCUCAAAUCUCCCUCCACUGAGUGGCUUUUUCCGUCCUAGCUCACAACAACCUCAAACUCUUAGGCUUAAGUGAUCCCUUUGCCUCAACCUCCUGAAUAGCUGGGACUACAAGCACCUGCCACAACACAGGGCUUGUUUUUCUAUUUUUAGUAGAGAUGGGGGUCUCUCGUUAUUGCCCAUGCUGGUCUCAAACUCCUAAGCUCAGGUGAUCCACCUGCCUUAGCCUCCCAGAGUGGUAGGAUUAUAGGUGUGAGCCACUGCCCCCAGCCCACUGAGUGUCUUUUUAAAGACACAAACCUUAUGGCCUUCACCUUCUUAGAGCUCCAGGGCCAUGGGUCUCAAAAUUUUUGGGAUCUCUUCAAAAUUAUCAAGGAGGCGGUGCCCAUAGCUCAGUGAGUAGGGUGCUGGCCACAUACACCGAGGGUGGGGGGUUCGAACCCCGCCUGGGCCAGCUAAAACAACAAUGACAACUGAAAUAACAGCAACAACAACAGGCAGGCACCUGUGGUCCCAGCUGCUUGGGAGGCUGAGACAAGAAAAUCGCUUAAACCAAAGAGUUGGAGGUUGCUGUGAGCUCUACCAAGGGGGACAUAGUGAGACUUUGUCUCAAAAAAAAAAAAAAAUUAUCAAGGAUUCUAAAGAGCUUGUGCUUAUGUGGGUUAUAACUAUCAGCAUUGAUCAUACUAGAACUUAAAAGUGAGAAAAUUUUGAAACACAAGAAUACACAAGCACACAUUCCAUUCAUUGUGAAAACCAUGGUGUCAAUACAUACCAUGUAGCUUCUGGAAAACUCAAUCAUACACUCUUAAGAAAAUGAUAAAAAGGGCAAAGAACACCUUAAUUUGGUUAUAAAAACAGUCUAAUCUCACAUACCCCCUGAAAUAGUCUCACAGACCUUUGGGACAGAAACUACACUCAGGCAACAGGUGCUCUAGGGCCAAAUCCAAUUUUUUUUUUUUUUUUUUUUUGCCCCAGCCUUUGUGUUCCCCCGCGCCGGAGCCACUGCCUACCUCUCUAGCCCUAUAUGGUUCCCCCUACCCCAGCCCUCUUCUCAGUGCUUAUC